GCAGAAAUUGGCAGAACACCUGCUCCACCUAGGAGGCCACCCCCCACCUAGGAGGCCACCCCCCACCAGGAGGCCACACCCCACCUCGGUGGCCACACCCCACCUCGGUGGCCACCACACCCUGCUCAUCAAUCAACCGAGUCAGACUCAGAACUCUCUACCAGCCAUCACGACAUCAUGAGUUAUGAGGCCAUGGCGUCCGUCGGCCAUCAGACCGCGGCCCAGCUGCUGCACAACAGGAGCGUGGUGGUGAUCGGGGACUCCAUCCAGCGGUCGGCGUACAAGGACCUGGUGCUGCUGCUGCAAAGGGACGGCUACCUGUCCGACAGCCAGCUCCGUAGGAAGGGCGAGCUCACCUUUGAGUCGGACUCCCUGGUGGAGGGCGGCUGCCUCGACCAAAUGCACAAUGGCACAAACUACCGGGAGGUGCGGGAGUUCCGCUCGACACACCACCGCGUCCGCUUCUACUUCGUGACGCGGGUGUUCUCACGCUACAUGAGCAGCGUGCUGGAGGAUCUCCGGGCCGACGCCCCCGACGUGGUGUUAGUCAACUCCUGCAUCUGGGACAUCUCCAGGUACAAGGCAGCGUGGGAGGAGGACUAUGCUGAGGACCUCCACCUCUUCCUGGGGCAGUUGAAGGAGGCGGUGCCCCGGGAGACGCUGGUGGUGUGGAACCUCACCAUGCCCCUGGGCCGGAGGGUCUUGGGGGGCUUCUUGACACCAGAGGUGGCGUCCCGGGCGGGCACGCUGCGCUACGACGUGGUGGAGGCCAACUUCAUUGGUGGCGCGCUGGCCGACGCCUACGGCGCCGACGUGCUGGACAUGCACUUCCACUUCCGCCUCUCGCUGCAGCAGCGCACAAAGGAUGGCGUCCACUGGAACGCCCUGGCCCACCGCCGUAUGACCUGCUUGAUCCUGGGGCACGCCGCCGAAGCCUGGGGGGUGCAGCUGCCCCCGGCACUCCCGCGGACCAGAACAGCCUUCGCCAUCGCGGGAAGCAUGCGCUGCGGCCUGGCUCCUCCACGCCCGGCCACCCUCCGCGGGCCCCCCUCUCCUCCUGCUCCUCGUAAAGCUCCUGCAACAACCCCGGCUCCCAAAUUCCAGCCUUACCCGUCGGAGCAGAACCAGCCCCCCGGGGCCCGCUCUCCGUACAUCAUGAAGAAACAGCGCACCAGGUGGCGCCAACGCGCGCCCUACAGCUACAGCCAGCGGCCAUUCCUGGACGCGCCCUACCGCCAAGGCCCGCGCAAGGCCCCACAAUACAACCAGUGGUCACAGCACAUAGAGGCGGCCUACAACCAGCGGCUGCGCGAAGACGCACCCUACAGCCAGCCACUGCAACACAUUUUCUUUCCCUUUCCCUGAGCACAAAGCUACGGAGAGCUCUCUCCACAACGGACAAAUGUCUCCCUCGUUUUUAAUGUUUGCAUGUUUUUGUUUUUAAAUAUUGAGGGUAUUCAUCUAAUUGUUACCUUGUGCUAGUAUUUUGGCUUCUCGACAUGCAAUGGUAAUGCUGUGUAGUCUUUUAAUGACUUUGCAUAAAGUGCUUGAUUUAUAUUUUUUCGAAACCACUGUUGCUGCAUACUUUUCUUCCUAACACAAAAGGCAGUCAAUAAAGUCUUGCAAUAUUUCCUUUAAA